AUGGACGGGCAACCUCCACCAUUCUACGAUGGUGGGAUAGAUCGUCUGCGCUCAGGACAGGCAUGUCUCACCUGCCGAAAGCGUAAGAACAAAUGCGACGGCUCGCGCCCGGCGUGUGGCUUCUGCAACCGGAGAAGCCUGCGAUGCGUUUAUGAUGAUGCCAUCAAGAAUGCAGGCGUCGAUAGAGGCUAUGUCGAGACGCUGGAGCAGAAAGUGCGAAGGCUUGAACAAGAACUCCGGCAAAGGGGGACAGAAUCGAGCUUCGAAUCGCCUCCAAUGCGUCCACAGACCGACGAGUCUCUAAUCCAGGACUUUCGUUGGCGAAAUCCUCAGGCUCGUCCGCGGGCUACUCGGGUGGAAAAGUUGCAGCCCGUCCCCUCAGAUGCCAGCAAUACGUUGCUCGAGAAGGACCACGAUCUCGUCAAAAUCAUCAAAUACGGAGAGAUCUCAAUACACUCAGCAUUGGCCGAUUUUGGUGUCGCGCCGUCUGGAACAUCCCCCUCCGAAGUGACCCAAACAGUGUCUACCGAGGUGCCAGAACAUGACUUUUCAAGUAGGGACGCGGACGUGGAUAUCCGCGAAGAGCACCAGCCCAUGGACGAUAACUGUUUUGUUCUCCCACCACGCUCGCUGGCGCUUCGGCUGGCUGACUUGUUCUUCGACCAUGUUGCACCGCUUCUGCCACUCGUUCAUGAGCCUAGUUUUCGAAAGGAACUGGAAGCUCUUUACGAGGGCCAUCAAUCAGCGAGCAUAGCGUUUCGCAGCAUCAUUAAUGUCGUCUUUGCCUAUGGCUGUGACUACCUUGAUCUUGAGCUGAAGCGAACUUAUGAACUGGCCCAAGAGUUCCACGAACGAGCCACUGAUUUAAUCCUGCUUGUGUGUUACGAGCUGGCAUCGCUCGAAGUCGUCCAAGCACUCCUUCUGGUAACUCUACACCUGAACAGUAGCAUGCAGUUCCAUCGGAUGUGGGUCAACACCGGGCUACUGGUCAGAACAGCACAAGCACUCAAUCUCCAUCUGGACCCGUCAGAGUGGAAGAUCAAUAUGAUCGAAAAGGAACUGCGCAAGAGAUUUUGGUGGUCAAUAUAUUCUCUUGACCGAUUCAUCAGUUUGAAGCACUGUCGACCACCAGCUCUAAACAUUGAGGCUGGUCACUCGGCUCGGCCGGCCGCCGUGGAUGAUGACCUUAUCCUGCCUCACGGUAUUGCAGAGUCGCAGGACCCGAGGCGGCCGCCUUCGCAGCUUCACUUUUUCAAUCAUUUGAUGCAGCUGAUCCAUAUAUCCGAGACAGCACUGUCAUCUAGUUCCACCAAUGCCCCUUGGAAGCCGUCUAAGAGGCAGACCGAUAGUAAGAGUAUCAAGACUGAUGCAACAGCUGUUAUCUAUACCCAGUUGUCAGCCGCCCUAGAGCAGGAGAGCAAGCUGGCUGGCUGGCUGGAAGAGCUUCCCCAGCACCUUCAGUUCGACUACAUCAACAGCAGUCCGAAGCUUCGCAAACAGCAAAAAAGCUUGCAGGCUCGGUAUCUACACACCCGGCUUCUGAUACACCGACCAAAUAUGAUCUCUGCUUUGAAGCUUGACAACAACCAAGACUACCUGGGAGGGAGCGACGGUUUCUUACAAUCGAUUUUGACAGCCAGCAUCCAGCAGUGCAUCCAAUGUUCUUGCGAGUUGGUCGGCCUGGUUCAGGAUCAUUAUCAACAGAAUAGCAUAGGACCGUGGUGGCUUCUCCUUCAGUUCAUUUUUACGACUUUGGCAACGCUCUUUGCGGUGCAAGGAAGGAGAAGUCUGGUGCCAACUCCGGGUGAGAACGACAUCAUGCUUGCCAUCGAGAAGGGCAUGGCGCUGCUUCGUUCCUUCGGCGACAUUGACCUAACACUGAUUCAAUGCCGGCAAUACUUUGAGUUGAUCAUGCCGGUAACCAUGGCGUACGGCACUCUCACGGAUGUAGCAAAUACAUCCCGGCAUCGGCUUCCCGAUCGGCUUCCCGAGAAUUCCCAGGGGCAGCCGUCGUAUCUCCCCCAUCUGAUGAAUGGCUUCCAGAACAUGCAGCAGCAGCAGCAAAGGUCCUUUCCCCGGUUCGAGGGCUUGAAUGACUUCUAUAUCCCCGAUCUCGGUCCCCACAAUGUUGACCAGACCAUGACAGACUCUACCGCGGAGCUAUUCCCCAAUCGAGCGUUUGGCGGCUUCAAUUUUGGAGCGUUGGAUCCCUUCCUUCAGAUGUAG